GGAGUUGUCUGGAAGAAUAAUGUGAGAGUAAAGGAAAGUGUCAAAAUUCCAUCAGAAGUGUCACAUUUUACUAAUUGUAUUUAUUUUGGAGAAUCCGUUAGUGAUUAAAUGUAGAGGUCCUUGAUCUUGUGUAGAGAGUUGCCACACAUUUUAUGAUGCGCUGUUAUUAGGACAUGAGAUUGGUUGUUUAGUCUUUGCUCCACUCCCAUGUUUUGACCGGAACUUGUUCGUGAGGGCAGUGGGUUGUGAUCUUUAAAGUCAACAGAGGGUGACAUCGUGCAUACAAACCUUUGGCCGUUGUUAAACGUGUGAGCGGAGCACAAACCGAACAACCGAUCACAUGUCCUAACAGCGCAUCGUGAAAUGUGUCCCUCCGCCGCACUACCUUUGUGGAACGUGAAUAGAAUACAUUUUCUUCGAUAUAAUAAACCCGAAAUCAACAAUUAUGUUGAUAAUAAUGAAAAUUAACAAUAACACUGAUUGAAAGUAAGUUAAAAUCUCAACCUUUAGUAGUAGUGCUUCUCUCAAGGCGUGCAGAUAGGUGCAAAUUUGCCGCGCUAAUCAGACGUUUACCCGUGACGCAGCUGCGUCGGUAAGCGGUCGGUAGGCGCUCCGAAAAUGUCGGUAAACUCUCCAAAAAAUGUACCAAAAUAGGCACAUAAGGGAGGCAGAAGUGUACGUGUAUGUUACGGAAAACUUGGGACCGGAACUUAAUGUUAAGGAUGCGGGUUUAAAGCGUUUCAGGCGAACACACAAGGGGGAAUUGGCCUAGCCUCGAUAACGUAAUAUUGGCUUUAUUGAAGAGCGACUUUAAAGACACGUUCUCCUUUCUGUACAGUAGUGGAACACCGGAGAGGAAAGGUCGACUGAGCUGCACGUCUGGACUGUGUCAGGUUUAAGGAACAUGAUCUCUGGAUUCUCCUGUCAAACGUUAACUACAGAGCCACAGAUGUGUGCUUCAACAGCCGCAACAUGGCCAGAGGGAAGAAGGCAAAACGUUCUGAAGGAAAAACAAUCAGCCUGAAAGAAGCUCAGAGCAACGUGGAGGUCACACUGGACGGACGGCGACGUUUGAACCUCAGUUUUAAAGGAAUCUCAGCUGUGCCCAAGUGCAUCCAGAAGCUGAGCGACGUGGACGAAUUAGAUCUGAGCCGGAACCUGAUCAGAAAGAUUCCCGACUUCAUCGGAAAAUGUAUUAAUGUCACUGUUUUAGAUCUGCACAGUAACUACUUGGAGCAGGUGCCCGUUGUCAUCGGCCGCCUUCAGAACCUGCAGGUCCUUAACCUGUGCAACAACCGUCUCACAGAACUUCCAAGUGAAGUGGGCCUCCUGAAGAAUCUCCAUGUCCUGAACCUGGGUCUGAACCAGCUGCAGGUCCUUCCUCCCUCCAUCGGAGCCUUAAAGGAACUCUGUCGCAUCGGCCUCUCGGACAACCGAUUCUCCCGCAUCCCUGCUUGUCUGUCUAAGCUGGAGAAGCUGGAGAAGGUCAAUCUGGACAGAAACCCUGUGGUGACAGAGCAGAGGUUUGAUCAGGAAUCACUGAUGGUCACAGAGAAGCUGUACCUGGUCAAAGAGAGCCUUCUGUGUCAGCAGUGUCUCAGCAAGUGCCAAACUGAAAGCACAGAGUCUGUCCACAAUGAGGACCAUAAAGACCCAAGGACAUAGAGAUACAUGAAUGUGCAACAAAGCAUUGUAUACUUUGACCUUCAUGUGUUACAACCUAUGAGUAAUACAUGAACCUGUGUUUCUCAAAAAUGAAUAAAAUGCACUCAUUUCUCUUAAAAUAAGUAGCAAUGUGCUUUCAUAUGGUUACAAUUCAGAAAACGAAAUGUGUCUGUUCCAUCUACCAUUGAUGAAAACCAACAUAGUAUACUUAUAUAAGUGCCUAAAAAGUCUUCAAAAUUAAAAGGUUCCUAAAAAUGAAUAGAAAUGCACUUAUGGACUUAUUUUUACUGUGAUCAAAGGUUGGUGCACCAAAAAAGUAUAUUUUUAGUCAUUUUUGAGAAACUUUAAUUUUUGGAGAUUUAUUCAGGAACUUAUUGGUAUAGUAUUUCAGUGUGAUCAAAAGUUGCCGUACCAAAAAAGUGUAUUUUUUCUGAAUUUUAACCACAAAAAUUGACAUAGCUAAGUAUUGUAAGGCAAAUAAGUGUAUUUUUAGUCAUUUUUGAGAAACUUUUAUUUUCGGAGAUUUG